AUGGCUGUGACCGAUGAGCUCGAAUACCUCAAGUCGCUGGUCGCACAGCUCAAUCAGAAAAUAAGCACGCUCGAGGCAAAGACAAAGACCGCCGCGCCCUCGAGGACGCCAGCCAGCCAGCUUCGCACAAUCCUCAUUGGGCCCCCAGGCGCUGGCAAGGGCACCCAGGCUCCCCGCAUCCGCGACCAGUUUUGCGUCUGCCAUCUCGCGACCGGUGACAUGUUGCGCGAGCAGGUCAACCAGAAGACGAAGCUCGGCGUCGAAGCCAAGAAGAUCAUGGACGCGGGCGGUCUCGUCAGCGACGACAUCAUGGUGGGCAUAAUCAAGGAUCAGCUGGAGAACAACGAGGCGUGCAAGAACGGCUUUGUCUUGGACGGUUUCCCGCGCACAGUCCCGCAGGCCGAGAAGCUUGAUUCGAUGCUGUUCGAGCGCAAGGAGAAGCUCGACUCGGUCGUGCAGCUCGAGAUCCCCGACGAGCUGCUCAUCUCUCGAAUCACUGGUCGUCUGAUUCAUCCUGCCAGCGGGCGCACCUACCACAGGGAGUUCCACCCACCAAAGAAGGCCAUGACCGACGACGUCACCGGCGAGCCACUCAUCCAGCGCUCGGACGACAACGUCGAGACGCUCACCAAGCGUCUCAAGUCAUUCCACUCCCAAACUACGCCCGUCGUGCAGUACUACAAGAACAAGGGCCUUUGGCACCGGAUCGACGCCGCCCAGUCGCCCUCGGUCGUUUGGGACAACCUCCGGAAGGUGUUCAUCGCCAAGCCGCAGUGACUGGCGUGCUUAUAUAUAGAUUACUCACGUUUGG